AUGAAGCUUCUUCUCUUAACAACGUUGUUCUUAGCAACAGUCACGGCACUGCAAAUUUAUCCCAAGGAUAAAGAUGACGACACUUCUCUUGCACCAUUGAUCUCGUCCCCAGACGCAGAAACAAUCCCUGAUAAAUAUAUCGUAGUGUUCAAAACCGACGUUGCUGCGGAUAAAAUAUCUUGCCAUCACAAUCACAUUAAUGAUUUGCUGUUCGAUGAAAGGAAGAAAUUCAAAAGAGGCUUCAUGAACGAAUUAAUUUCUGGAAUUGAACACGUAUACAACCUUGAUGGCUUUCAAGGAUACUCUGGUAGAUUCUCAGCAGAUGUGCUAAAUAAUAUUAGACAAAGCGAUGACAUUGCUUAUGUUGAGAAAGACCAUAAAGUCUACACGAACAUAGUACAGAAUAAUGCUCCGUGGGGGUUGGCUCGCAUAUCGCAUCGUGAACGUCUACAAUGGAAUACAUUUGACAAAUACUUGUUCAACCCAGCUGGCGAUGAUACCACUGCGUACGUUAUCGAUACCGGAGUCUACAUUAACCACACUGACUUUGGCGGUCGUGCUCGAUGGGGUGUCACUAUACCAUAUGGUGAGCCCAAUAUCGACAAUGUUGGACAUGGAACUCAUGUUGCUGGGACUAUUGCUGGAAGCAGGUUUGGAGUUGCCAAGAAUGCAAGAAUUGUCGCCGUCAAAGUCUUGGGACAGAAUGGAGGUACCGUAUCCGACGUAAUCAAAGGCAUAGAAUGGACCGUCCGCGAUCACAAAAGAGAGGCGAAGAGAGUAGGGCGGCGAUAUAAAGGUUCAGUUGCGAACAUGAGUUUGGGAGGAGCUAAAAGCUAUGCUCUAGAAAUGGCUGCUAAUGCGGCAGUCGAUAACGGAAUAGUUCUGGUUGUAGCAGCUGGCAAUAGCAAUGCCGAUGCUUGCACUCAAUCACCUUCCGGUGCUACAAAAGCAAUUUCAGUUGCUGCUUCAACCAUACGUGAUGAACGCGCUGGAUUCUCAAACUAUGGUAGAUGUGUCGCACUUUUUGGCCCCGGCCAAGAUAUUUUGUCGGCGUGGAUUGGCUAUCCCUCGGCCACAAACCGAAUUUCCGGCACUUCUAUGGCGUCUCCUCACGUCGCUGGACUUGCAGCCUAUUUCCUCUCCUUAAGUCCAAGUCAAUUGAAUCCUGUGGCCUUGCGUAAUAAAUUGCUUGCUCUCGCCACAAGAAACGCUCUUAGUGACGUGAUGGGUAGUCCUAAUCUCCUAGCUUACAAUGGCUACGCAUAG